GCGCGCUCCCGCCUCCUCUCUGUCUCUGCUCGUGCCCGCGCAGUCUCUGGUCGCGCUCGUUCACGUCUCGCCGCCGCGGAUCCGCUGCUGCUACGAUGCCCCACAUCCACCACCAUCACAACAAUGUCCAUCAGUGCGAAAAACGUCACCUUUACGACGCUUUUUACACGCAUUUUACACGUUCGGACGGGAUGCGUUUGAGGUGUGUGAGUGCGUGAGAGGUCGGGGGUCAUGGAGAGGUCAGGGGUCAUGCUGAGGCGGGAAUCGGACUCACGUGGUUUAUUUUCUUCUGGAGACACGUCAGACAAUGACUAUGAGAUGGGUGCUGGCUGUGGAGGGGUGGAGGGGGCCUGUCUGUGUGACCCCAGCCCCUGUACACUGUAUUCAGAGGCCCACACCCCCACACCACAGAGGCCCUGGAGAAAUGCUGCAGGAGAGGAGACAUUUCUUUGCGAACACUGUGGAAAAAACAGAAAAAUUAUGACGAGGUACUCGGAGGGAUACGGCACAGAGGAGGAGUGUGGCUUGUCAGAUCCUCAGGGCGACAGUGAUGCAGACGCUGAUAUAGAGGACACAGACAGCAGACUGCAGGAGCCCGGGUCUCUGCAGCGAAUCAGCUCUCGACGUCGGAAGCGUCCAAGAAUCGCGCGUCAGGACACGACCGAGAGCGAAGACGACGGUGGCCAUAGCAACCGCACGCACCGCUGGAACCUACGCCUAAGCCCCGCCCACAGCCGACCCAUCCUGGAGGAGAGUAUCUCACAGGUGCGUCCCCUGAUCAUCUGUCGUCCGGGCGCAGACAGAGACGCCGUGAUGGAGUCCAGACGAUCCAAGCGGUCACUUCCUCCUCCUCUUCUUCUCCUGCUGCUCCUCCCACUCUCCCUCUCCGCUAUCAUAAUCAUGUCUUACCUUCUACCCUGGACAAGCGCUAGAUGAACAGUUUAGUUUUUUCCUUUUUUCAGUUCAAAUGAUUUGGGUGAUUUAUAUACAAAAAAAGCUGUGUUGAUCGGGUUCUCAUGCAUACUGGAAAAGCCAAACCUACAUUGGAGUUAACCAGGCCUUGGAAUGGUCAAAAUGUUAACUAAUAACAGAUUUUUUUGUGUGUCUUUUUUCCUAAAUUUGUAGAGCCAAUUCAUAAUUUCUUAUUUUGUCUUUGGAGACUGUUAAAUGUUUAUCUAUUUAUACUGGCCCUUUAAAGGUACACCAUGUAACUUUUCUGGUUGGCAGCAGACAUGUUGUUGCCUUAUCAGGAAUGUAUAACUUAUUUACUUCUGUGGAGACAACAUCACCAGGCUAAAUUACAAGCCAGAUGUGUUGAAAAGUGAUGCCAUUCACAGUUUUUUCUAUUUAUUUGAUACGUUUUAAUGCUGUGCAACAUUCCGGCAAAACAAUUACAGCUGCACAGAGACAAGCAAGUGACGGGGACCCUACUAGAAAAGUUAAAUUGUGGACCUUUAUUGGCUUAAACCUUUAACCUCCACUGGCUUACAUAAGACAUAAUACUGUAUGUUGUUUUUCUGGUAUAUUAAUGUAUUAAAUGUAUGUACUAAUAGAAA